AUGGCCUCUGGCAACACACAUAUUGGAGAGCCUGCCCUGGAGUUCAAUGGUAUGGUGGAUGGCUCCUUCAAGGAGGUGACGUUUUCAGACUACAAAAUGAAGUAUUUGGUCCUCUUUUUCUACCUGCUGAACUUCACCUUUGUGUUCCCCACAGAGAUCACUGCUUUCAGAAAUUAUGCUGAGGAGUUCCAUAAGCUGAGCUACAAGGUGCUGGGGGUCCCUGUCAACUCUCAGUUCACCCACCUGGCUUGGAUCAACACCACCCUGCAGGAAAGAGUUGGCCCCAUGAACUUCCCCCUGCUGGCCAGUGUAACCAGAAGCUUAUCCCAUGAUUAUGAUGUGCUGAAGGAAGAUGAGAGAAUUACUUAUGGAGGCCUCUUGAUCAUCAAUGGCAAGAGUGUCCUUUGCCAGAUCACCAUCAAAGACUCGAUUGUGAGGUGCUCCAUAGAUGACGCUCUGUGGCUUGGCCAGACCUUUCAGUACACAGAUGAACAUAGGGAAGUCUGUCCUUUUGACCGGAAACCAGGCAGUGACACAAUCAAGCCCAAAGUGGACAAUAGCAAGGAAUAUCUUCUACAACAUACUAAGCUGGCAGCUGAGUGCGCCCCAGAACAGCCCUGCAACAGAAGUCAAGGAAUGGGCUUCACCUCCGGCUUCACCUCCAGCUCCCCCAAGGACCAGCUGGGUGAUAACGGUCAAGGCAGGCUUCCUUCAACCACUGCCUCCCCACCUCACCAGAUGGCUCUGAGAAUCCAGGAAUACAGAUUAGAAAAGCCCUCUGAAGCCGCCACCAUACCCACACUAACACCUUCUCCACAGGUGGGGGCCCUAUUUCAGGGCAAUGUCAUGACCAUCAUGCAGAUCCCCUGGGUACAUCAGACAGCCAGGGACUCAGCUAGCAGGGCCGCUCGGAGAGGAAAAAAAGAACCCCAUACUAAGCGCCUAUGUUUACCCGUGCCUGCUAGACGCUGUCAUGGUUCCACAUGUCAUCUACGGUCUAUUUGGUUUCCAAUGCACCAUGUUUACAUCCUGGAGGGCCAGCCUUCCGGUGGGGCUAUGCAGGCCGCGCGGUGA